GUACGGUUGGCAGUUGUGAUCUUUUUCCAGCCGCCGCCAUUUUUGCCCGUAGUGUUUUCCCAUCCCGACUUUUUCCGUUUUCCACAUGCUGUAGUCUUCCCACCCGUCCGAAAGUGUCCCAUCAUCAUCAAUUCGAACGUUUCAAACCUCUAGGAGCAUUGCCACUCCCCUGCGUCUCUCCGUUGUGCAGAGGCGUCGUUUUGAUUUGAGGGGUGCGGCGGGUUGCUUCGGCGUGGCUCGAGAUCAACAAGUAGCCGACGGACAAAUUAACUCUAAAGACACUCUCAGAGGUGUCCCGAUUUGCUGAGAAAGUGGACCAGCACCGCGCAUCUUAAGAAUGGGGUGCGCCGUGAGCUCCGAGGGUGACAAAGCGGCCGUCGAGAGGUCGCGGAAAAUCGACAAAGAUCUCCGAGCGGAUGGCGAGAGGGCCGCUAGGGAGGUCAAACUUCUGCUUCUUGGUGCCGGAGAGUCUGGCAAGAGUACAAUUGUCAAACAGAUGAAAAUUAUACACGAGACCGGCUAUUCAAAAGACGAAUGCGAGCAGUACAGGCCUGUCGUCUACAGCAACACAAUCCAGAGCUUAAUGGCCAUCAUCAGAGCUAUGGGUCAACUGAGAAUUGAAUUCGCUGACCCCAGCAGAACGGACAGUGCUCGGCAAUUCUUCACCCUGGCCAGUGCAGCAGAAGAGGGAGAGUUGACGCCCGAGUUGGCAAUGCUCAUGAAACGGCUCUGGCAGGACGAAGGGCUGCAAGUGUGCUUUGCCAGGUCACGUGAAUAUCAGCUCAACGACUCAGCUGCGUACUACCUGAACGCCUUGGACAGAAUCUCGCAACCUUCGUACAUUCCCACGCAGCAGGACGUUCUCAGGACCAGAGUUAAAACCACUGGCAUUGUUGAAACUCACUUUAGUUUCAAGGGAUUAAACUUUAAAAUGUUUGACGUUGGUGGUCAAAGAUCUGAGCGGAAAAAGUGGAUCCAUUGCUUUGAAGGAGUGACGGCUAUCAUUUUCUGUGUGGCAUUGUCAGGGUAUGAUCUGGUCUUGGCUGAGGACGAGGAGAUGAACAGAAUGAUUGAGUCUAUGAAGCUAUUUGACUCAAUUUGUAAUAGCAAGUGGUUCGUCGAAACCUCGAUCAUCCUUUUCUUGAACAAAAAGGACUUGUUUGAAGAUAAAAUCACCAAGUCGCCUUUGACCAUCUGCUUCCCCGAGUACACAGGAUCAAACACCUUCGAGGAGGCGGCAGCCUACAUUCAAAUGAAAUUCGAAAACCUUAACAAGAAGAAAGGUUUCAAGGAAAUCUACACCCACUUCACCUGCGCCACAGACACAAACAACAUCCAAUUUGUUUUUGAUGCAGUCACAGACGUGAUCAUCAAGAACAACCUCAAAGACUGUGGCCUCUUCUAACUCUAAUAUUGUGCCUUCGUGUAUGCCAACAAUUUUGUGCCCAAGCUGAGCACAUUGCCUAGCCAUGUGAAAGCCAAUUCAUUGCUCCCAAGCAGUAUUUUUCUGGUAUUCCCAGAUUCAGAUGCAAUUUUCUAUGUAAAUAUUUAUAUGUAUGUCAUGAUGGAUCUGCUUUUUCUAACUUGCUAUAACAAAAAAUGUGCAAAUCGGGAUGGGUAUUUUUCCUGCCUCUAUUCUCUAAAUGAAAUGAGAUCUUCCUAUUCCUAAUUAUGAAACAGUUCUCGCAAGAGGCGGAGCACAAAUUUUCUUAUCUUAUUGUGAAUCUCUUGAAGCAUUCCUAAAUUAUGCAUUUAUUUCUAUGAUCUAGUUUAUUAAUUUUUCAUUAUAUCACCAAGUGUGCCUUAUUUAAUUUAAUUAAAAUGGGCGAAAUGUUUCACUUGAUGUUUGCCAAAAUCUUGCUGCAACGCGUAAAUUAAUGAAAGGGUGCCAAUUUUUCUCUCUAUUUACAAUGAAAGUAUUUCUCAGAUCUAUUUGUAUAUCUAUCUGCCAAUUUUAAUAUGGAUUAUUCAAUGAAAAGUGUCAAAUAUUUUAUAAGUGUGAAUAAAUUCUUGUUCAGUUUA